AUGGUACAAUUAAAUAAAGAUAAAUUAACAAUUCAAAUUAUAUCAUUUAGAAAUGUUAUAAUUUUUUCAGUUAUUUUAUUCAUUGCAAUUAAUAUUAUACCAAAAGUUAUAAAUUUAAUUAUUAAUAUUUUUUAUUUCACAUUCAAUAUUAUUUAUUAUUCUUUAUACAUUUUAUUAUGUAUUUCAGUUAUAUUUGUAUGGUUAUACAUUUUAUGUGUAUUAGAGGAAUUAUUUUAUUGUUUUAGAGACACUUUUAAAACAAUAUCAAACUAUCUAACAACAUUUAUAAAAAAUAGUGUUUCAAAUAAUAUAAUUAAUUAUGACACUGAUUUAGGUUAUAAAGGACCAUUUAAAAAAAAUAAUAUAAUCAAUAUUAACUUUUUAAAAAUUAAUAAAACUAUUGAAAGAGAAAUAAUAGUUAUUGAUUAA